UCUCGCACUGUGGCAGUCGCCAAAACGGAGCAGCAAUGGCUGACUGCUGUGAACGAUAUGAAGAUCGUAUUCACCUACCAGCUGUUCUUUCUCCGAGUCUUUUACCGAAUUCACGGCCUAGCGAGUCUUCCACUGGAGUCGAGAAGAUUUCACAAGUGCUGAAUUACCCCAAGGGAAAACUUUGCCGAGCCGACAUCGAAUUAGCAGGUUGCAACGAGCUACGGAUCCUCUGACGUUUUUAAGAGUGCAAAAAUGAGAAGGAUCGCUUCGAUGGUUUGCUAUUAAUUGCUUGAAAAAACCACGCAACAAAGAUGUCUAAUUGGAACAGGGAAGACGGUAAAGGUCCGAUACCACCACGCUGGCUGCACUGUCCCAGAAAGUCUACCAAACUCAUACACAACAAGUUUUUGGCCUUCAAGACGCCUCUAUCCUCCGACUUUGAUAGCCAGGUGCCAGAAGAAUGUCGUUUCUCCGUGGAAAUGCUGGUUGCUUCCUUGAGGAGCAUGAAACUCAAAAUGGGUCUUUGGAUUGAUCUGACAAAUACUAAUAGGUUCUACGAUAAAAAUGAAAUAGAGAGAAACGGGAUGCGCUACCUCAAACUUCCGUGUAGAGGUCAUGGAGAAACUCCAUCGAUAGAUCAAACAAAGUCGUUUGUUCACGUUUGUAAAAAUUUUAUAGCCCAGCAUCCGCUGGAAAUUAUUGGUGUUCACUGUACGCAUGGUUUUAACAGAACAGGGUUUCUCAUAGUCAGUUAUUUGGUCGAGACGGACGAAUACAGUCUGGACGCAUCUUUAGCGCGAUUUACUGACGCUAGACCACCCGGAAUUUAUAAAGGGGAUUAUAUUGAAGAGUUAUACAAAAGGUACGAUGAUCCAGAGGAUACCCCUGAACCUCCUCCACGACCUGCAUGGUGCUUAGAGUAUGACGAUUCCAAUGUGGAAGAUCAAGAUGAAGGCACAAGCGUGGAGUCGGAUGUUCAAGAGCCUCCACAUAAGAAACGUAAGAGAGAGCAGUUUAAGAAGAAUCCAGUUUUCAUGGCUGGUGUACCUGGAGUUAAGGCAAUUACGGACAUUCAAAUAGCGUCCGGCAUUCAACGACGCAUCCAAGAUAUUUGCCAUUGGAAUAACAGCGGUUUCCCUGGAGCGCAACCUGUUUCUAUGGAUGUUGAAAAUAUUCGACUUUUGCACGAGAAACCAUACAGAGUUUCUUGGAAAGCUGAUGGCACUAGGUACAUGAUGAUGAUACAGGGAGAUGGACAAGUUUAUUUCGCUGACCGAGAUAACAGCAUUUUCCAAGUAGAAAGACUGACUUUUCCUCACUUGAAGGAUAGCAAUAGGAGAUUAAGAGAUACACUUCUGGAUGGGGAAAUGGUGAUAGACAAGGUUAACGGCAAGGAAAUGCCUCGGUAUCUUGCCUACGACGUGAUUAUGUUUGACGGCAAAGACGUCAGUAAAUUAUCGUUUUAUCCUGACCGUUACACGAUAAUCGACCGAGAAAUCAUAGCAGCCCGACGUCAUGCCAUGCAGCAAGGGAAAAUACUUCGUGACAAGGAACCUUUUUCAGUGAGAUUAAAAGAAUUUUGGGACAUAACACAAUCCAGCAGUCUGCUCAGUGAAAAAUUCGCUAAGCAACUCAGUCACGAGCCUGACGGCUUAAUUUUCCAACCGUCCAAAGAGCCCUACAAAGGUGGACAGUGUCCCGAUAUUUUGAAAUGGAAGCCCGCCAGUUUGAACUCUGUUGACUUUAGAUUGAAAAUUGUUGUGGAAAGUGGCGAAGGAAUCGUUCGAAAAACGAUUGGUGAACUGUACGUCGGCGGACUGGAAGUACCGUUUCAAAAAAUUAAAAUGACGAAGACUCUUAGAGAACUGAAUAACAAAAUAAUUGAGUGUAAAUUUGAAAAUAAUCAGUGGGUCUUCAUGAGAGAAAGAACUGACAAGUCUUUUCCCAAUUCGUUCAACACUGCCAAGGCAGUGUGCCAAUCCAUCAGCAAUCCAGUGACUAAAGAGAAACUUCUGGACUAUAUUCGAAAGCAUAGGUUUUCUUUGGACGAGGAACUGAUGCCACCUCCAAGAAUGAGGUGAUAGAAUCAUCGAACCGUCCUGAUCUGGUGCACGAAAGACCUGUCGUCGAAGGAGCGUAAAUCUCUCCGUGUCAACAUCGAGUACGACCACGCAAGUCUGGUACGCUGGUCCCCGGAUGGCAAGGCCUUCAUCAUCCACAAAGCCCUGGCGAACGUAGUCGAGGUGCACAAGAUCGCUAAGAAACCCGACGGUACCCCAUCCUCUGCCACUAAGGUUCUCGAGUUCCCCAAGCAGCACCACGAAGAUGCCAUCGACCUUGACAUCGCCUGCAACGGCAGGUUUAUCAUCACUUGCAGUAAGGUCAAUGACCUGGUGAUCUGGGACUUGAAGGGACAGAUUUUGAGCUCCGUCGACACGGUUCUAGGAUCCACUCACAGGGCGCGCAUCUCCCCCUGCGGUCGUUUUGUCGCUGCUUCUGGAUUCACUCCCGACGUCAAAGUCUGGGAGGUAGUUUUUACGAAAUCAGGAGAAUUCAAGCAGGUGGCUAAGGGCUUUGAUCUCGCUGGACAUUCCUCGGGAGUUUACGAUUUUGCAUUCAAUUCGGACACCAGCCGCAUGGCUACCGUGUCCAAAGAUGGAACAUAUCGUUUUUAUGAUACGAAAGUUGAAUUCGAGAAAGGAGAAGAUCCACGUCUAAUUUCUAGUGGUCAGUGGGAGGGAACCACACCUGCCAAUAUUGCUCUUUCGCCAAACGCGGAAAUCAUUGUGAUUUCUCACGGUUCGUCCAUAUCCUUCUACUCGACUGUUAAUGGAAAACUCGAUACAACGAUUGAAGACAUUUUCAACGGACCAAUAAAGUGCCUCAAGUUCGACUCACUCGGCGAAUACGUGAUAGUAGCCGGUGAUCGACACAUCAAGAUAUUCCGAAACAUUCCAGGUUAUAGAGCGUCUAUUGAGACUUCGCGUAAGAAACUGGCACAGAGACAGACUUCCGCAACGAAAGAACGCCUGGAGAAAACAAUUGUAGACUGCGAAAAGUUCCUGAAGGAUAUGGGAGAACGCUGUCCUUAACGAUUCCAGAAAAGCAUGUUUUCAACGCAUUUUGCUAAAUGUUUUCUAAGACACUUGUUUGCAAUAAAUAAUCUUUAUUGAUAUGAAUUGAUAAAAAAUUAUAAAUAGAUUUUUACAUUGGUCAAGAAAAAAAUA